AUGACUUUACCGACUACUGAUGAUUUGUACUCAUGUUAUGAUAAACUAACCGACAGUUCUAUAGAUUUAAAGGAGAGAGAAAAUGCCUACAAAACAGUACUUGUAGGUGUUAAAGGCGAUGAAAAUGCAAAGAGAUUGUCAAGUCAGUUUAUAGCAAGAUUUAGCAAACUUUUCGAGAAUCUACUGGAGGAAAGUUUCAAUUGUUUUCUGGAUUUGUGUGACGAUGACGAUGUUAACGUUCGAAGCCAAGUGGUGCACGAUUUGUUACAGUUUUGUAAACAUGCACGGGUGUUCGUUCCACGUGUUGCUGAUGUUCUCGUUCAAAUGUAUCAAACAGAUGAUAAAAAGGAGCUGAAUGUAAUUUCUCUGGCUUUGUCUCAACUACUUCAUUCGGAGCCGAAAGCGACCUUACUAGGAAUAUUCAAUCGACUUCUUUCAAUGAAUGCAGAAAAUUCUAGAGAAAAUACUCUCAAAUUCCUAUGUGAACGUUUAAAAAGUCUACCAGAUAGUGUACUAACCAGUGAUCUGGAGUCUUUUGUGGUUGAACAAACUAAUCGAGUGCUGCAUGAUGUUUCUGAGGAUGAGUUUCCAAUGUUAAUCUCUUUACUAUCAUCCCUGAAAUGUAUGUCUACACUGACUGGCAGGCAAAAACUAGUCGGUAUGAUCUCUCAACAAGCUUUGCAGGCCGUUCCUACAUUCAAUAUAUUUCCUAAACAGAAAAACGUUAAUGCUCAUGACUUGUACAUUUACAUGUUGGAAAAAUUCCUACCACAAUUUGGUGACUUUGCUGAAGACACUUUCGACGAACGACUUAGCUUACUUCAAUUGACCGCAGAGCUACUGUUUUUCCCAAGUCCAGCACUUGCAUCGAUAAAGUCAGAGGAUAUAACAAAAUAUUUAAACUUUGCUUUUAAUAUACUGUCAAUGUUCUUGCCUAACAUCCCUUCGGAAGAAACAGCUGACAACAUGAAACAGCCUUCUGUAGAAAAGCCAACGUUAAACCAGAUGGGUUUGAAGUUUUCGGAGUUAGAGGCAAGUUUGUUUUUAUGCUGCCAGCUUGGAUGUUAUUAUCCUCAAUAUUUUGGGGGGAAAGCGAAUGAUAAUGAACCUGAGUUAUCUGCUAUCGAAGAUGGAGUCGAUAGAUUACGUAGUGUCAGACCUCGUCUCCAGUACUUAAGUCAGCUAGCACAAGAUUAUGCAACAACAAUAUCUGGUCAGUUGGAUAAGAAUUUACAAUCUGAAGAGAGCAAGCUUCGAAUCAUGGCUCACAGAGAUAUUUUAUGGUCUCGGUUUUAUUCGAAUUGAUGUUCAAAACUAAACAAAAUGUCUGAUUUAAUAGGUAACUCCAAUGUCACAAUUAAGACUACUCAAAUUUAUACUUAUAGCUCAAAUCAACAGCUAUUCGUAUCUUGAGCAGUGACCAGGUAUGUUAAAAAACCAUGUGACGUAAUUGAUAGGGCCCUUAAAGUUUUAUGGUGAUAUAUAUUGUGGCCUAUUUGUCGAGCACAGGUUUAUGUAUUUGACUUCAAGACAAUUUUUACCCUAGGAGUCAUGAUAAUACCAUGCUAGCUACCUUAACUACUAAGCCACAACAGGAGGUGGGAUCAAUAAAUGGAGAAAAAUAGGUAGAAUUUACAGAAAUACAAACAUAAUAUGCUGGGAAUAGUCUCAGCAUUAAAACACUCGAUUUGAUCAGUAGCCAUCUUUAGUAAAUUUUUCAUUUUGUGCCAUCAGCUUUAAAGGCUUGCGUUGCUAUCUACAGCUCAAUAGAUCAUAACUUUGCU